AUGCCUUCUAUCCUUCGAUUCCUCGAAGAGGACGAGAGUGACGCCGACCUGACGAAACUACGACAGAAACUAGGUCAGACCUUUGUUUCGAACUCCGCCCUUCGCUACGUAUUGGAGUCAACUGCCGUACGCCCAUUCUUCGAGGAGUAUGUUCGCGACUUCUUAAGCAACCAUCCCAAUGCCGGAGACCCUGACUACAACGAAGUUACCCGCCACAAUGCCCUCGUGAACGCCACUUGGGUGCGGUCUUACCACUUCGUGGUUGCUGAGAAGUCGGAAUUCACCGAACUGAAGCACUGCGAGGAGAUCUUUGGCUUCGCCGUCUAUCAAGCCUACGAGAUCUUGAUAGCUCUGAAGGCUAUGUACCGCAAGACGCUCGCGCAGGAAAUGUCCCAUGCUUGA